AUGCUCUCUCACGCCGACCUCCUGGACGCCAGACUAGGUAUGAAAGAUGCCGCCGAGCUUCUGGGCCACCGGGAGGCGGUGAAGUGUAGGUUGGGCGUGGGGGGCUCCGACCCCGGGGGCCAUCCGGGGGACUUAGCGCCCAACACCGACCCAGUCGAGGGAGCCACUCUCCUGCCUGGGGAGGACAUCACCACCGUGGGCUCCACGCCGGCCUCGCUGGCGGUGAGCGCAAAGGACCCGGACAAGCAGCCGGGGGCCCAAGGCGGCCCGAACCCCAGCCAAGCCGGCCAGCAGCAGGGCCAACAGAAGCAGAAGCGCCACCGGACGCGCUUCACCCCGGCGCAGCUCAACGAGUUGGAGAGAAGCUUCGCUAAGACGCACUACCCCGACAUCUUCAUGCGCGAGGAGCUGGCGCUGCGUAUCGGGCUGACCGAGUCCCGAGUGCAGGUCUGGUUCCAGAACCGGCGCGCGAAGUGGAAGAAGCGCAAGAAGACCACCAAUGUGUUCCGCGCGCCCGGCACGCUGCUGCCCACGCCAGGCCUGCCUCAGUUUCCAUCAGCCGCCGCCGCCGCCGCCGCCGCCAUGGGCGACAGCCUGUGCUCUUUCCACGCCAACGACACCCGCUGGGCGGCGGCCGCCAUGCCCGGGGUGUCGCAGCUGCCGCUGCCGCCGGCGCUGGGCAGGCAGCAAGCCAUGGCGCAGUCGCUGUCCCAGUGCAGCCUGGCGGCCGGGCCGCCGCCCAACUCCAUGGGCCUGUCCAACAGCCUGGCGGGCUCCAACGGCGCGGGGCUGCAGUCGCACCUCUACCAGCCCGCCUUCCCCGGCAUGGUGCCCGCCUCCCUCCCCGGCCCCAGCAACGUCUCCGGCUCCCCCCAGCUCUGCAGCUCCCCGGACAGCAGCGAUGUGUGGCGGGGCACGAGCAUCGCCUCUCUCCGCCGCAAGGCGCUAGAGCACACAGUCUCCAUGAGCUUCACCUAAUGCAGCCGCCCCCGGCCCACCCCGCCCCGAGGGCCGCCCGGAGGCCCGCUCCCCCCGGGCGCGCGCCCGGAGCCCCGCCCACUGCCCCGGUCCCUGCCGCGCGCCCCGCCCCGCCCCGCCCCGGCCCCGACCCGGCCUCCGCCGCGUCUCGUUUAGUCCUCUCCUCUCUCCACUUGCUCGGGCUCGCCCCGAGCCCCAGCACACCAGGCCCCCCUCCGCCUGAUUUCGAUCGCCCAAGUCCCCCUCCCCCGCCACCCGGCUCACUGUACCAGCCGGUGACCCUCCCUCCACCCAUCUCCAGCGCCCACCCCACCCUUUCCCGCGACACAGGCCUCCCCGCUGCUCGCGCUUGUCGUGCUCGUGCCCUCCUCUCGGCCUUGGGCUCGCGGCAUUCCCACCCGCACCUGCAACACGACGCCUACGCCCCCUCCCCGCCGCCCUCCCAGCCCGUCCUUCCCCACGCCACGUGUCCCUCCUCCCGCGCCCCGCAAACGCAUCUUUCCCGCCAUUUUACUGACCAGGGAGUCGACUCAGGAUCUGAAAUCAGACACCAAUGGACUGGUUUGUGGGCAGAAACAUACACACGAGCGCUCUCGCUCACUCUACACACUGCACACACAUGUACACACAUGCACACAGUGCACCUGGCUCACACACGGACGUGUUCAAGGGACAGCACAACGUUAGGGACUUUUGUCUUAAGGGAGGGACAAGCAUCUGCUACCAACCGCCUCAUCCGAGGGCCCAAUUGAUACGAUUUUAUUUAUCCUCGUAUUCUUUCUUCAAACUCCUCUUUGUUUACUUUUCCACCACCUUACCCUUGCCUCAUCCACCCAGUCACAUCCAUGCAACCCUCUAUUGGCUUGCAAAAAAAAAAAAAGCUUUUAUUUUCUCUUACUUUUCUUAAGCACAACUGUGUGAGGGCAUUGACGGGAAAGCGUCUCAGAGGACCAUGCCAGUGGGUUGGGUGGCUGGAGCAGGCUAAACAGUCAUGGAAUGAAGAGGUGAUCUCUCCCGUUUUGAUAAGUCUGUGAGAAGUAACAAAAUAAACAUGUAAGGAAAGUUUCCUUUUGUAAAAGCAAAAGCCACAUCUCUUUUCUGGAUCCUCUGGACCGGGGUUCACUCGCUUUUCCAGGUCUCCCCGCUGCUCUGUGCCCUUGGUUCUGUGGCCGUCCUGUCGUCCCUCGUGCCCCUUGGCCACUGCCCUGGCCCCUGCGCCGCCGAUGGGUGCGCUCGGACACCUCCGCCCUGCAACUCUGUACAGAGAACAGUCAGCUCUUCUGCAUGUGCCGGCCAAAGCCACACCCGGAGAACAGACGCGCUUUCCAAGAAUGAACAAACACGUGAAAUAGGAUGUUUUGUGUAGAUAAAGCAUUCUCGUUACAUACUGGUCAACUUGUGGUAUGUUUUAACUUAUUGUCUGUGCUUCUUUAUGGAAUUUGGUUUUCUUAAUAAAUGUUUGAGCUAAUAUAAAGCA